CAGGGUGACUGGUCGUGAAGACGCGACGGGAGACGCAGUCGCCGCCGCACACAGUUCACUCCGGGUGUCCGCUCCCCUCCGGCCCGCUGCCGGCGCACCGAUUCCGAUGGCGGCGGCCCCGCCCAGGGACUCGGAUGAGUGUGGUGUGACCUUUGAGGACGUGGCCGUGUACUUCCCCUGGAAGGAGUGGAGGCUUCUUGAUGAGGCUCAGAGACGGCUGUACCACCAUGUGAUGCUGGAGAACUUUGCACUUGUAUCGUCACUGGGUUGCUGCUAUGGAGCAGAGGAUGAGGAGGCCCCCUUUGCACAGAGCGCUUCUGUAGGCGUGUCCCAGACCGGGACGCCCAGGGCCACUCUGUCUUCCCGGAAGACCCACCCCUGUGAGAUGUGUGGUCCCGUCUUGAGAGACAUUUUCCACUUGGCUGAGCUCCAGGGGAAAGAAAAUGGCCAGAAACGGUUGAGGUGUGGGGCCUGCAGGAAACGAUUUUCUUUCAGUGUGAAGUUGGAGUAGCAGGAGCAGCCCGCGGGAGCAAAACCAUUCAGAAGCCGUGUGGACAGGGCCUCUGUUGUCAAGAGCU